AUGGAAUGGUCGGAAGAAGAAUAUCAAAAAGACAAGUUUCCGAAAGUAGAUACAAACAGAGGGAAAACGUACAGAUUUGAGGAAGUUGAACAUUUCAUAUAUUUAGGCACCUUAUUUAGAAGGAGACCGAAAAUAGAGGAAGAAAUCGGAGCCAGAAUAAUGUUAGGAAACAAAAGUGUAGCGGGGUUGCAGAGAAUACUGAGAAACAAAAACGUUUCUAGACAAACAAAGAUAAAGCUGUACAAGACAGUGAUAAGACCAGUAGUUACAUACGCCAGUGAAAGGUGGACGUUGAAUAAAGCAGAACAAACAAGAUUGGAAGUAUGGGGGAGGAAAAUUUUUGGAGGGAAAAGAACAGAAGGAGGGUGGUUUCGAAGAACAAAUGAGGAAAUAAAAAGCUUAUAUAAGGAGGCAAGUAUAGUAAGUGUGAUAAAAGCACAAAUAUUAAGAUGGAUGGGGCAUAUUGAAAGAAUGCCAGGGACAAGGAUACCAAAAAUGGUAAUGGAACGAACAAUUGGCGGUAAGAAGAGGAGAGGAAGACCGAAAACAAGAUGGAAAUCUGAGGUUGGAGAGGGACUUACAACAACUGGGAAUUGUCAGGUGGAAAGAAAAGGCAAAGGAUAG